GGCGGCGGAGCAGAGCCCCGAUGCGGCAGCGCGCGGGCGGCAUGGUGCCGCGGAGGGUGCUGGUGGCGCUGCUGCUGCUCUGCCUGGCCGGCGUCGUGGGCAUCCUGCUGCUGUGCCUGCCCACCACCGACCUGCGCCAGCCGCCCGGCUUCAAGUAUGGAAUUGUUCUGGAUGCUGGAUCCUCCCACACUGCCAUGUUUGUCUACAAGUGGCCUGCAGACAAAGAGAAUGACACAGGGAUUGUCAGCCAGCACAGCAUGUGCGAUGUGAAAGGUGGUGGGAUCUCCAGCUAUGCAAAGGAACCCUCAGGGGCCGGGAACAGCUUAAAGUCAUGUCUCAACCAGGCCUUGAAAGAUGUUCCCAAGGAGAAGCAUUCGGUAACUCCCCUCUAUCUGGGAGCCACCGCUGGCAUGAGAUUACUGAACAUCACCAACUCUCAGGAGUCUAAUGAUGUCCUCAGCAGCGUCACCUCCACACUGAUGUCGUACCCCUUCGACUUUCGAGGGGCGAAAAUUCUGUCGGGCGAAGACGAGGGCGUGUUUGGCUGGGUCACAGCCAACUACCUCUUGGAGAAUUUCAUCAAGUAUGGCUGGAUCGGGCAGUGGAUCCAUCCCAAGAAGGGUACCUUAGGGGCCAUGGACUUGGGAGGAGCCUCCACACAGAUCACCUUCGAAACCAUGGAACAGAUUGAAAACCCCCAGAAUGAGGUGAUGCUGCGGCUGUAUGGGCAGACAUACAAGGUCUACACCCACAGUUUUCUGUGCUACGGCCGGGACCAGGUCCUCAAGAGGCUGCUCUCAAAGGUCCUAAAGGCUGAAGAAUACAAACCUAUCAUUUCCAACCCUUGCUGGCCCAAAGGCUACCAGAAACAACUCUUCCUAGAGGAAGUCUACAAUUCACCCUGCACCAGCACAGAGCAGCCCAGUAGUUAUGACCCCAAAGCUGUUGUCGCCAUGGCAGGAUCUGGAGAUCCUGCCAAAUGUCGCUUACACAUGGAAAGCCUUUUCAGGUUCUCCAACUGCUCCUUUUCCCGCUGCUCCUUUGAUGGCAUUUUCCAACCCAGUGUUUCGGGGAACUUCAUCGCUUUCUCGGCCUUUUUCUACACAGUGAAUUUUAUCCAAAGCGUGAUGAAGAGACAUGUGGCCUCGCCCAGGGACCUAGAAGAAGCAGCCCAAGCCAUCUGCAACACCACAUGGUCCCAGCUGCUGGACUUAGCCCCAAGCCAGGAGAAGAGGCUACCAGACUACUGCAUAACCAGCACCUUUGUCUACCUGCUGACCACCAAGGGCUACCAGUUUGAUGACAGCACAUUCUCCAACAUUGCCUUCCAGAAGAAGGCUGGGGACACCUCCAUUGGCUGGGCCCUGGGUUACAUGCUGAACCUUACCAAUAUGAUCCCAGCUGAUGAAGGAGGCUUCCGAAAGGGCACUGAGUACAGCUCCUGGGUUGUCCUCAUCCUCCUCUUUGUGGCGAUAAUCCUAACAGCACUGGCAGCCAUCUUCUGCCUGGUCCGGCCCAACAAAGAGAGAGCUACUAUCUAGGCUCAGGGCUGGGAGGGACCAAGAGACAUGGCUUCCUGGAGUCAAUGGAGCUCCACUGACUCUGGAGGGCUCAUUUCAGCCUAAAUCCCUCAGACUGAAGGACACUGGGAGACCUUGUCCCUCCCUGCACCUGAAGCGCUGUACCCGAGGGGAACCAGUCCUUUUCCCUCCAUUUGCCCCUUGCUCAGACCCUGAGGAAGCAGGGUGGACAACUGACACCUGUGGAUCAUGGCUGGGAUUGGGGCCUGGAUACUUAUACCAGGGCAGCAUCCUUGUUCUCCUACCAGAUUGAGAUUUGGACACGUUACACGGCCAGCAAGACCCAGGCCACAACUGCGUCCCACCAGAGGGAAGGAACUGUUGAUACUUGCAUUCAUGGGAGGAGGGAGGGAGGGAGGGAGGGAGGGAUAUUACAUAUCUAAGCUUCUUGGUAAAGCUUUAUGCACCAGUCCCCCUGCCUGGAGCCCUGUCUAGGCCCUUCAAGGGAUCCUGUGAGAUGUGGGGAACCUGGUGUCACCCAGUGCGUGACAAGAUCUUCCUGAACAAGGGCCAAAUCUGGCAUCAGUGAAGUCUGUGGCAGCUGUGCCAUAGACCUCUGUUGGGCCAGCAUUUGUGUCCAGCCCCUGGAGGCCAGUCUACCUCGCCUCAGCGAUGCCAGGGUGUACUUUGACAAUCCAGGUUGAGCCAGUGCCUGCACGGCUCCCACCCUCAGCAACACACAAUGCAGUGCCUUUUGCCUUUUUCAUUUACAGAGGUCUGCCCUUGGCCACUCCUGCCAAAUGGGGAUGUGCAGAAUUGGGGAGCGAUGGGGGAAUGAAUCAGGAGGGGUCCUGUGUACCUCAGCCAACAGCCUAAAGCUUCCAACUGCUGUGAUGGAGAAAACACUCAGGCCUUCCCCAGUGCGGCUGUGGCUUUCUCACAGGUCCCGAUGGGACACACUACACCCCCACAACAGCUGAAUGGGUGGGGGGUACCCGCUUGUGUUUCCCAGCAGGAGCAAGCAGAGCUGUGUGCAUGUGGCGCAUAUGUGUUUUUCAUGUACUAAAAAUGUAAACUGUCCUGGUUUUCAAUGAGUCAAAUAAAUGUAAUUAAAGGGCAGCAACAACCCCCAUUGCCCUCUGCCUGCUACAA